CCAAUACAGGCAGCAUGAGUACUAUAGGGAAAGUUAUUAGGUGCAGAGCAGCCAUACUCUGGAAGCCUGGUGUACAAUUUUCCAUCGAGGAGGUAGAAGUGGCCCCACCAAAGGCAAAGGAAGUUCGCAUAAAGAUUGUGGCCACAGGGCUCUGUGGUUCAGAGAUGAAAAUGUUGGAGAAUGAAACCUCUCACUACCAUUAUCCUAUCAUUAUGGGCCAUGAAGCAGCUGGAAUAGUUGAGAGUGUGGGAGAAGGAGUGAGCACAGUGAAAACAGGAGAUAAAGUGAUCACACUCUUUCUACCGCAGUGUGGAGAAUGUGCCUCUUGUCUUAAUCCUGGGGACAAUCUUUGUAUACAAAUCAAACAGGAGGCGAACUCCAACCUGAUGUCUGAUGGUACCAGUAGGUUUACCUGCAAGGGAAAACCAGUGUAUCACUUUGCAAAUACAAGCACCUUCUCUGAAUACACAGUGAUAAAAGAAAUCUCGGUUGCCAAGAUUGAUGCAGUUGCACCUCUGGAGAAAGUAUGCCUAGUUAGCUGUGGUUUUUCCACUGGGUAUGGUGCUGCAAUCAAUACUGCCAAGGUGACCCCAGGCUCCACCUGUGCGGUGUUUGGCCUUGGAGGGGUCGGCCUGUCUGUGAUCAUAGGCUGUAAAGCAGCGGGAGCAGCCAGGAUCAUUGGGGUGGACAUCAACAAAGACAAAUUUGAGAAGGCAAAAGAAGUCGGUGCCACUGAGUGCAUCAACCCACAGGACUUCAAGAAACCCAUCCAAGAAGUUUUAUUUGAUAUGACAGGUGCUGGUGUGGAAUUUUGCUUCGAGGUCAUCGGAAAUCCAGAAACUGUGGAAGCUGCCCUGGCCUCCUGCAAUGAGAGCCACGGGGUCUGUGUGAUUGUUGGGCUCUUGGCAGGUGUCCAACUCAACAUCAGUGGCUGGCUGUUCCUCUCGGGACGUUCUUUGAAGGGAACUGUUUUUGGAGGCUGGAAAAGCAGAGAGAGCGCCUCUAAACUGGUUUCUGAUUAUAUGGCAAAGAAGUUUAAUCUAGAUCCACUAAUUACCCAUACUCUGAAUCUGGAUAAAAUCAAUGAAGCAGUUGAAUUAAUGAAAACCGGAAAAUGUAUCCGCUGUAUCCUGCUACCUUAAGUACAAUG